GAAGCGAAAAAAAUAACUAUGAUAUUUAUUUGGAUGAACGUGGACUGGAAGCUGUCUUUGUUGCUGCUUGCGACAAUGAGGCAAAUUCAGUGCAGCGACGACGAGCAACCUCGAGAGAAGAGACAAGCGUUGUAUCCUCCGCCUCUUGUUUAUCCUUUUGGUGGCACUUUCAAGCUAGUCGUGGGCAUGGCGGUGCCGGUGCAGCUCUCAGGCCAGAUUUUGGUUUACGGCCAAAACUUUCAGUUCCAAUAUAUGUUACCAGACAACGCUACCUUCUUCACUAACUUCUUCCAGACCUCGUCACAAAGACGACGUCGAACAGCAAGCUGGAACGAAAGGGCUUUCGUAUACGACAUUUUACAACACGAAUUAAACAUGCGACACAUCGAUGGGAAAGCUUGUUUAAAGAAGAAUAUUUGCGAAGCUGCUUCAACGUCGUUGAAAGACGAAGGAUUGAUCGGCGAAUUAUUGCAUUUAUUGUUAACACCAGAUCAUGGAGACGCUUCGAUGAUGGACGAUGACUAUUUAGAAGCAGCCAUGGCUGGAAGAAGACAAGAAAAUUGCUCGAUGAUUUAUUCCACAUGUCCUGCUGGCCAAGGAAUUCUAGACAGAAUAUCUUCAAUUUAUUAACUAACAAUAAGAUCUAUAUUAUUUGUUAUUUAUCUAUUGAAUUAAUUACUGUCAAUUCUUACGAAAAAUUAUAAACAAUUUUGCUUAGCAUAUCGUAGUUACGCGAGGAACAACCUGCUAUAAAGUUACAAUGCAUAUAAUACUAGGACACAUUCACACUCAAACAUGCAUAUAAAAACACAAAGGAUAGCCAGCAAUUCUAAUAUCGAGAUCCUACAACGAUUCCUGUCGAAAUCAUUAAAAGUCAUUUCUGAUGCUUCGUAGUAUAUAAUCGACGAAAUAAUUCGAAGAUAUUUGAAGAUAUCCACCUCCGGUUUCUGUCUCAGCAUUUAAAAAAGAAAUUUCAAAGUUACACAAUCGCUAUACGUCAUGCUUAAGGGAUCAUUUCAAUCUCUUAGUUAUUCAUUGCCAACUGUUAUAGAUAGUGCAGAACAUGUCCGUAGACCGAGAAAAUAUUUACUGCCAAUUCGAACUAUACAAUAGAGAAGAUAGAGAUUCAAUCAUAUCAGUGUUUUCAUACUUAUCAAUAAGGUACAUUACGUUUUAUUUUUGGACAUAACCAUUCGUUACACAUUUUACUGCCUCCGCUUUUUUUAUGGGUCCAAUUACACCCCUUGUGCACACGUUACGUCAUUUAUCUCUUAUUUGCAGUGGAGCACAUACACGUAAUACGUUACAUCGACGUGGUGGUUCGCAUUACGGACGAAAUAAACGAGUUGUCAUGUGCAUAACUUUUAUCGCUAAUUUCCUGUUAAUUAAAAGACGCUGCGUGUGAAAUAAUUUCAACUAAGCGGAGGCCCGUUUAUCAAACACGACGCUCUUUGAUCUCCCUCGAUAUACACUUUCCCAUUCCGUUCUCCUUUUAAUCUUUCAUUUUCCUGUGUUCUUCAUUCCCUGGAUUUCCCUCGUAUUAAAGGAAAGAUUAAUCAGUGCGAGCGAGGGAAAAAUGGAGAAAAAGGAACAGAGGGAAACACGAAUCUGUAUUUUAUACAGCUGCGAGAUUAGGUUCAUAAAUACAUUUGUAAGACGAGCAAGCGAGGUAGGUGAGCGCGCACCGAUGCAAAAUAAUUUAUCAUUAAUCUCCAGUUUUACUGUUGUUUCGGAUAUACAAUGAUGUCCUGUCGAGCAGAGAUUAAGGCGAUUUCAAUGUUAGUUGUUUCAGGAGUUAAAUGCA